UCAGGUUAUAGCCCUUUGCGCUGAAGAGCAAGCGUAUAAGGUUGAUUUACAGCUCAAUUGGUUAUUGAAGCUUACGAUCAACACCCUGAACGGUUAUCCUUGUGGAUAACGAGGUUUUACGAGCACUAAAGAGAGCGUACGUCGAGAUAGACGCCUCCUAUACGUGCAAACCCCUGUAGCUUUCUAGCACCGAGCUGGAGAGCGAGUUGAACCCUGUAGCUUUCUGGCACGCGACCAGAGAGUGAGCGAAACGCCUGCUAAACGCACCUAGCAAGCAAAUCGAGCACCUGGCAACGCCAAAGCCAUGGUGAACCGUACGGACGAACCGGAGCACCGAACUCCCGACCGGGAAGCUCCAACAAACCUCCCUACACCCCAAACCGAGCUUAGGCGGUCGAGUAGGCUCAGAGGCAGCCCGCCAAACGACGAGCAGGAGCCUAGGGAGGAGAGUGAACUCCAAAUGUUGCGCAGAAUGAUGCUGAAUCAACAGGAGAUGAUGCAAAGGCAACAGGAGUCAAUGCAAAGGCAACAGGAGACAGUACAACAGCUGGCACAGCAAGUGAACCUCCUAUCAGGCCAAGCAAGCACCGCAAACGCACCUGCAACAAUGCAGGAGAACCUAGAGCACGAAGCUCAACAAGAAGAAGAAGAGGACCGAGAAAUAGACUCCGAUGAGGAACUAGAAGAAUAUGUCGGCAACCUUAUAGACACAAAUACGCGAAUCGGCAGAGCAAUCACCCAAUUCACGAAGAUCACGAAGACGGUGAAGAAGCCUAUGACCCUGGCUGGAGCCAGCAACUACCUAGCAUGGAGCAAAGCCAUCCUAAAGGUAGCCCGCCAAGUAGGUGUUGAGAAGAUUAUCCUGGAAAGGCAAGAGACUUCACCACGGCCAGAGCGCUUGAAGAUUUCACAAUACUGGAAUGUUCAGAAUAAUUGGCUACACGGCCUAAUCGACAGCACAAUAUCUGCACAAGCCAGAGAACACUUCGAGGAAUCGGAUAGCCUUAGUGCUUACAAACUCUGGGAAGCUGUAAGGACAGCCUUCCAAGAGAGACCUGAGAUACAGCGGGAAAGCCUACUUACGGAGUUAGUAAGAAUGACACCACAGUCCGCUGGCUCAGAAAGGAAUUAUAUAGAGAGAUUCCUAGCAAUCCGUGGGGAAUUUGAGAGAUUAGGGUUCAAACAACUGGACCACACCCUACACGAUAUCUUGAAGAUGAACAUUACGUCCCGAUGGAGAGAGUUCAUACAGAACCGAUUUGAUAUGGCAUGCCAGAGCGGAACGAACCUACCGGAGAAGGAUUUGGAAGGCCUACUGAAGGAUAUCCUCCACAGAAUCCCCAAGAAAGACCUGAAGAAAGGAGGAUCUACUGACUGA